AUGCAUGGUGAGUGCAUUGAACCUUUGAAUUUUACUAUUGCAUCAGUGCUCAAGGCUUUAGCUCGGGAGGGUAGAGUUAAAGAUGGGGAAACAAUUUAUGGGUUGGUCUUAAAAUUUGGAUUUGGUUCUGACUUGACUGUUCAAAAUGCGGUACUUGACUUGUUCAUGAGAUGCGGUAAAGUUGAUGUUGCUAGACGGAUAUUUGAUCAGAUGGAUGAAAAAGAUGUGGUUUCUUGGAACUCGAUGAUCUCCGGCUACGGAAGUAAUGGCAGAGUUGAUAUUGCAAGGCAGCUGUUUGAUUGGAUGCCUGAGAGGAAUACAGUUUCAUGGACAAGCAUGAUUUGUGGAUAUGUUAAGUCUGGGGACAUGGCGGAGGCAAGGGUCCUUUUCGAGCAACUGCAAACUAAAGACUUGGUGUCAUGGAAUGUGAUGAUUUCUGGGUACACCAAUGCUAGUGAUGUUGACAAAGCUCUCUGUUUAUUCGAAGUGAUGCCAAUUCGUGAUGUUGGGACUUGGAAUCUGAUGAUUUCAGGGCUCUGCAAAGCAGGAGAUAUUAAACGUGCAGAAGAUUUCUUCAACAUGGUGCCAAAUAAGAAUGUUGCUUCAUGGACCAUAAUGAUGGAUGGUUAUAUAAAAUCUGGCAACGUUAAUUGUGCGAGGAGCUUAUUUGAUCAGAUGCCCGAGAAGAAUUUGGUUUCUUGGUCUACCAUAAUUGGGGGUUAUGCAAGAAAUGGGGAGCCUCGCAGUGCUUUAAAGAUGUAUAAACACUUCAAGGAGGUAGGAGUUAGACCAGAUGAGACUUUUAUAUUGGGAAUCAUAUCGGCUUGCUCACAGUUAGGAAUUCUAGGUACAGCUGAAUCGAUAGUUGGUGAUUAUGUUGGACAAUCAACUCUGUCUAAUCUACAAGUAGUGACAAGUUUGAUAGACAUGUAUGCAAAAUGUGGAAGCAUUGAAAGAGCUACACAACUGUUUAAAAUGACCCGUAAAAAAGAUUUGCUUUGUUAUAGCACCAUGAUUUCAGCCUUCGCUAAUCAUGGAUUGGGUCAGGAUGCCAUUUCUUUGUUUGAGGAGAUGAAAAAGGAAGGCAUAAAACCUGAUGGUGUAAGUUUUCUUUGCAUUCUGAGUGCUUGUAAUCAUGCUGGUCUAGUCACAGAGGGCAGGAGGUACUUUAAACAAAUGAUAGUUGAAUAUAGAAUUCAUCCAUCUGAGAAGCACUAUGCAUGUAUUGUUGACCUUCUUGGUCGUGGCGGGCGGUUAAAAGAAGCUUACAACCUUAUAUGUAAGAUGCCAUUUGCAGCUCCUUCAGCUGUAUGGGGUGCUUUACUUGCAGCCUGUAGGGUCCAUCGCAAUGUCCAACUGGCUGAAGUUUCCGCAUCUGAAUUAUUCAAGAUUGAGCCGGACAAUUCUGGCAACUAUAUCUUGUUAUCCAAUAUCUAUGCUGCUGCAGGAAAAUGGGAUGGUGUUGCAAAAGUGAGAGCGCUGAUUAGAGAGCACAGGGUUAGUAAAAAUAGAGGCUCUAGCUGGAUUGAGUUGGGAAGUGAAGUCCAUGAGUUUGUUAUGGGAGAUAAGUCCCAUUUUGAUUCAGAAUGGAUAUACCUUAUAUUGGAUUUGCUUAAGGAAGAUAUGAGGUUCCUGGGAUAUUUAAUGGACUUCGAAGAGAAAGAAGAAUUGUCAACCUCUACAUGGCAUUCUGAUACACUCUCUUACAAUAAUAAAUUGGAAGAUGGAUGA